UUGGGGGGAUGUUGUAGAUUGAUGAGACCGAUCAAGCAUGUUUUUGUCUCCUCGUUUGUCACAAUGCCACGUUUCCUUACGCCUCCCAAAAGUAGAAAACAAGUCAUUGCUGGAGUCGAAGCUGAUAGAGAGUUUGUCGUCAACGGAGAGGUCCUCAAAGUUGUCAUCUUGCUUCGUCCAAAGGGCAUUAGCAUCGAACGUUUACGUGAGCUCAUUUCUUUUCUAGAACUAAGUUAUUCUUUUGAAGUUUCUGUUGAAGACAAAGUGGUCGAACACACAGAAGACCGCGUUCCUACUACAGAAGGCACUUAUGUCUUUCCAACACACCGCUUUGCGUGGAGUUGUCCUUCCUUGACGGAUCUUUCUUGGCAACAAAUAGAAACAGAGUCCAAUCACUUUGCUUUGAUAUCGGAAUAUCCUGUUCCUGUAUCUUUGCCUAGGACUGCCCAUGGCAAGGAAGUGAUUUUGCAAAUCCAUAUACGCGAAAGUACAAGGAUUCCUACUGAUAAUGUUGUAGAUUCAGUACAAAUGGUAUAUCAACGAGAAAAGUCUACUCCCUUGUUGAAUAUGACGAUGAAAAGAAAGCUACAAGUUGUAGAAGGUUUCCAGUCACGAUAUUGGUUUACUCGUAAUCCUUGUGGUUCUUUUCUUUGUUUUGCAGUUCAGAACGUUUUGGAAGACCUUUGUCUCAAUUUAGAGUUUCCCACUUUGGACCUUUAUUCUGCUCAUCCUAUUGAUCCAACUAUGGCUGGUCAAGAUACCAAAUAUCCUCUAAAUAACUUCUCGACAGUUGAUUUCAUUUCCUCAUUCAAGGAUAUCGGUAGCAUUUCAUCUUAUAUCUCUAUGCAUGUUCCCAGUCAUCAUACAAAAGAAGAACCUCUUUUAUUGCUUCCUAAAGAAGAGUAUUGUUUUGUUUUUCAUUUUACAUGGAAAACGGAUCAAUUUCCUCGUGCUAAUUUUAUGGAUCCACUCAUAGAAGCACCGUUGAGGUUCUACUGGCAAGUGUGUGAAUUCCGUUCGUUGGAAACUUCCUAACAGGUCGAGUGCUAUGUCCAUUUCUUU